UGCGCAGUACUUUAAGGGCGUCCCGAAGGCGGGCGCCGACCGGGUCCGCUGGCCGGAGAGAAGAUGGCGACCCCGGCCGAGUGGGCUUCGCUGUGCGAGAAGUUUCGCAGCGCCGUCAACCUCUCUUACGUGGAGGCCAAGAAGGACCCCGAGACGGAGCCCUAUCGCUCCAAGUACAUUGCCCGGGAGCUGCUCGAAGGCAUCAAACAGCUUCUGGGCUCCGAGGAGGCCGGCGAGGCCGAGGAAACCCCGGGCUCCGAGGAAGGCGGCGGCGGCGAGCAGGGCGACGCCCGAGAGCGGCAGCGCGCCGUCCAGCUGGCCGUGGUCGAGUACGAGCUGGGGGUGAACCACACCGACACCCAGGAGCGCUCCGCCGGCGAGGAGCACCUGCUGAAGUGCCUCCGGCUGCUGGAGCGUCACCGGCUCUCCCGAGAGGCCGUCUCCCUCUACAUCCAGGCCCAGAAUAAUCUAGGCAUCCUGUGGUCAGAAAGAGAUGACAUUGAAACAGCACAAACUUACCUGGAAUCUGCAGAGGCUUUAUAUAAUCAGUACAUGAAAGAGAAUGGGAACCCUCCACUUGAUUCCAGUGAACACUUUAUGGCUGAAGAAGAGAGACUUACUGACCAAGAAAGAUCAAAAAGAUUUGAGAAAGUCUUUACUCAUACGCUAUAUUAUUUGGCCCAAGUCUACCAGCAUCUGGAAAUGAUUGAGAAGGCUGCACAGUAUUGCCAUACCACACUCAAACGGCAGCUUGAGUAUAGUGGCUACCAUCCAGUAGAAUGGGCUCUCAAUGCAGCUACUUUGUCUCAAUAUUAUCUCACAAAGCAAUGUUUCAUGGAAUCCCGGCAUUGUUUAGCUGCUGCCAAUGUCAUCUUUAGCCAAGCUGGACAGGUACCAUCUGCAGAAGAUAACGAAAUGGAACAAGAUCAACAGGAUCUUCGACAGAGGAAAGCUGAAAUUGCAAGGUGUUGGGUCAAGUACUGCUUGAACUUGUUGCAGGGAACCCGAAAGAUGCUCGAGGACAACAUUGGUGAGUUGGAUCCGGACAGGCAGGCGGAGCUUAAGGCCCAGCAGAAAAAAGAGGAGGAUGAAAAAGAGAAGGGGCGAAAGAAGGCUGUUCUCUUUGGAACUAGUGACCUGUCUGACGCUAUUUUGGCCAUGGAAGAAAAAGUGAGCUGUGUGUUUCCAUUAGACUUCAAAGAAGCCAGGGAAAUUUUCUUAGUAGGGCAGAAUUAUGUCAAUGAAGCGAAAGAGUUCUUCCAGGUAGAUGGGUUUGUCACUGACCACAUUGAAAUUGUUCAGGACCAUAGCGCUUUGUUCAAAGUUCUGGCUUUCUUUGAAGAAGACUAUGAGAGGCGUUGCAAGAUGCAUAAGCGCAGGAUUGAUAUGCUGGAGCCAAUAUGUGCAGAGUUAAACCCUCAGUUUUAUCUGCUACUCAGUAGACAGCUUCAGUUUGAACUAGCAGAAACCUACUAUGAAAUGAUGGAUUUAAAAGUGGCAAUUGGCAAUAGAUUAGAGGAGCUUGAUUCCCACACAAUUAAAAAAAUCAAUUCUCUUGCUCAAAUGGCAAUAAAAUAUUAUGAACUCUUUUUAGAUUCCCUGAGGAACCCUGAUAAGGUGUUCCCUGAGGUGCUUGAGGAAGAUGUUCUUCGCCCUGCAAUGGUAGCCAAGUUUCACAUUGCACGUCUUUAUGGCAAGCUUAUUACUUCAGAUGGCAAGAAACAGUUGGAGAACAUGCAGACUUCUUUGGAAUAUUACUCAUUUCUCGUUGAGUACUGUGAAAAACACCCCGAAGCCGUUCAGGCCAUUGAAACUGAGCUAGAACUCAGUAAAGAAAUGUUUGGCCUUCUCCCAACAAGAAUGGAACGGUUAAGAGCAAAGCUUUCUACCUUCACUUAAACUUUUUUUUCUCCUGUGAAUUUAUGCAAUAUUAACAUCACCUCUGUCCAAAGAGGCAGCUUCCCUUAUGGCAUUUACCUUGUAGUAUUCUGACAUCCUUUGUUGUGAGCUUCCACUGUGACACAUGGCGCAGAACCUGGUCCAAACAGAACACUGUCAACUGUCGUAGUUCUCCCAUACUCCAGUACUGAAUGCACAGUGAAUGGUCAGGUGGUGCUCCUGUCUUGCUUGCUCCUUAUUGACAUGCGAAGCUUCCUGCCUUAUUUUUCUCUUUCCAGUAUGUCAUGCAGCUUCUGACUAUAGUGCUGUUCUCCAUCUGUUUCCUCCAGCAGGGAACAUUUUGAGUAGCUUGUGUUUAAACUACAAUCCAUCUUCACAAAACAGGAUUUAGGUACUAUGGAAUAGGUAGCACAUUAGAGUUAUCCUAAUGUUAAGACAUUUGUUAACAGAUCACUAAUUUAAUGGUGUUGUAUUUAUUUUUGUAUGUUUUCCUUUUUUAUCCCCUGAAAGGGAAUCAGUAAAUAAACAUGCCUGAUGAUA